CACUGCUCAAACGUGACUUUCUGCGACUCCUGCCUCUGGAACUGGCUUUCUAUUUGCUGCGCUGGUUAGAUCCACAGACUUUACUGUGUUGCUGCCUCGUCUCCAAGCGCUGGAAUAAACCAAUUGGUAUGUUCCCGAGGGUCAAUCAAGGCGCUUUUCCGUUAGCCCAGCUGGACACCAAAACGACCUUGCUUGGCUUCGGAUGUUCGUUUUUCCAUUGGAUUUUUUCAGGGACGAGCAAUAGCAUUGGAACCAAAUUUCAGAAAUAUCUCGGUGACAUGACUGGUUGAAUGGAGGCCGCCAAGGUAGAGAUUAAUUUUAACAAAAGGGAAAAAAACACCUCGUACUGAAGAAAAAAGAGGGAUUGCAAAAAGUUAAACACAAAGUGCUCCAAAAGGGAGAGUUCUUGACAAAGUGCAGUGAAAGGGACUAUGAAAAACUAACAAUGAAAGGGUUGUCACUGUAGCGACAAGACGAGGGCGAAGCGAUUCGGGAGCCGCAAACUAUAUAACACAUGAGGAUAAGUUGGAACAGGUGGAUUUUAUUGUCUACAUUGGAGAGGGAUAUAGGGCGGUAACUAGAUGGCAGCGUUGGGUCUUUAUUUUGUUUAAGAAGGAGUGAAUUGAUACUGUAAUGGUGCUAGCUGGAGGUUUUGAUUUUUGUAUUGAUUUGUUUUACAUUCUAAUGAAAAGUGGAGCUAACGUGGACCAGAAAUGUCUUUAGAACUCAGCCGGGAAGCCAUCAGGGCCUGGAGCUUCAUUAUUCGGUAUGCUUCUUCGUGCUGAACACAGUUCUUUCUGUUAUAGUUAGUUCAAGGUUAGAUAUUUGACGUUCGUUGAAAUGAGGUAAUUCAAUGCUGUUGAAAAAAAGAGUCAAUGUCUUCCUGGGUAGGGUUUAUUUCUGAAGUAUAUAGGUGGCUGUAGAAGUAAAAAACCUAUUUCGUCUGGUGAGCUGGUUGGCUUCCCUGCUGGGUUCUUAAUGAAUGCAAUCAUUGCUUUUUUCUUAUUUCGUUUGAUUUGGGAUGCUGAGUAUUUACCUGAUUUAUUGCUAUGAUGGAAGGAAUCUUACCUUAAUCGAUGUAUCAAAAAUAGUUUGUAAUGUUUGUUAAUUGUUUCAUUGAGAUCGAGGUGACAUUUUCUGAUUUCAUUCUGGGUUUCUUCUGUUGGAUUGUCUGUUUUCUAGAUAACAAAUUUUAGCUACCAGGACUACUUCAUGUUCUUUUUCCCUUUUCUUUGUGUGUGAUGAGAAUGAGAUUAUUUUCCCUCUUUGUACUGCUUUUCCUGUAUUCCACAGAAGGGAUGGAGAUAAUUCAGGAGAACCAAUCAUUUGUAGAAAUAAUUUUGAGUAUUUACGAACGACUAUGGGAAUUCAGGGCUAUUUGCUGGAGCAACAGAAAACAUGUGAUUAAUUCAUGCACAGAAGUGUGGCAGAACGUUUGUCGGGAGCUUGGCUGGAGAAUUGAUGAGUCCAUUCAGGAUGCAUCUCAUUGGAAGGCUGUCUACCUGAAGGCUAAACUGCGUAUGAUUCAACUAAAGGACCAGAAGGCUUUUGAGACAUCCUCACUCAUUGGCCACAGUGCUCGUGUGUAUGCUCUCUAUUAUAAGGAUGGUCUUCUCUGCACAGGAUCCGAUGAUCUCUCUGCAAAAUUAUGGGAUGUACGCACUGGGCAAUGCAUUUAUGGAAUUCAGACUCACACCUGUGCCACAGUGAAGUUUGAUGAACAAAAGCUUGUGACUGGGUCCUUUGACAACACCAUUGCAUGCUGGGAAUGGAGCACAGGAGCCAAAAUUCAGCACUUUCGGGGCCACACAGGAGCAGUUUUCAGUGUGGACUACAAUGAUGAGAUGGACAUCCUGGUGAGCGGCUCUGCAGAUUUCACUGUGAAGGUCUGGGCUUUGGCAGCCGGUGCCUGUCUCAACACUCUGACCGGACACACUGAAUGGGUUACCAAGGUUAUACUACAGAAAAGUGAAGUGGAGUCUGUGGUGCACAGUCCUGGUGAUUACAUCCUCCUAAGUGCUGAUAAGUAUGAAAUUAAGAUCUGGCCUUUAGGAAAAGAAAUUAAUUGUACGUGCUUAAAGACACUGUCGGUGUCAGAGAAUCGCAGCAUCAGCCUUCAACCCCGAUUGCAGUUUGAUGGACGCCACAUUGUUUGCAGCUCUGACAUCGGAGUACAUCUGUGGGAUUUUGCCAGUUUUGAGAUUCUCAGGGUCAUAAAAGUUCAGGAUCCAGCCAACUUGUCCUUGCUGAGCUUUGGUGAAGUCUUCGCACUCCUCUUUGACAACGAUUUCCUCUAUGUGAUGGAUCUCAGGACAGAGUCCAUUUCGGGUCGCUGGCCUCUACCACCAUACAGAAAAUCUAAACGUGGGUCCAGUUUCCUGGCUGGUGUGACAUCUUGGCUUAAUGGCUUGGAUGGGAACAAUGACUCUGGACUGGUGUUUGCAACAAGCAUGCCAGACCACAGCAUUCACUUAGUCCUAUGGAAGGAAAAUGGCUAAUGGCAAUAUGAAAUUAACUGAUGUCAAUUAAGCAACAUCAUGUCUUAGUUAUGAACAUAAAAAAGUAUGGUUUAAUUGAGGAUUUUAUUUCCCUCAGUUCCAUCUAAUCCUACAACACCCCACCAGCACCCAUGGCUGGAGAAGUACAGCACAUGGCAUGGCAAUGGCGACUCGACUAGAAUCUUUGAGUUACAAAUAAACAACUGCACACAUUUAUUUUAUAUCACAUUUAAUAAACAUUUGUGUUGAAUUGAACAAUUAAGCAAAUUCCUAGAACUUUACAGUUACGCUGAAAAAAAUUGGGUUUGACAUCAAAAAAUUAAUUUUACAUAACAGAUUUAUUAGCUUUCAUUUCCAUGUAUUUCUAUGGCUUGUAUAAAGGUUUGACCUUUUUCUUUUAGUCAACUUUUUUUUAAGCAGAUUUUGGAUCAUCUAAUUGACUCGGUGUGUCCUAAUACAAUGGUUCUUCAAACUAGGCUAAUGCUUAAAACAUAUUUUCUCAUGAUCUCAAGCAUAAGCUUGUCUGUAAACAUUGCAAUAAUGUCACCAAUCCCUUGGGUUUGAAUGACCUACUCUGGGACAGGCUCAUUCAUCUUUGUUAAGGAAUAACACACACAAAAAAUCUAAACAUAGGCGACAUGGUAUCGCACUCUUCUG